ACUGCCUACUCUUUUCGAACGAAUCGGAUCUAGGGUUCUUACAAUUUUGUGUGCCUUCUUCGAUCUCCAGAGAAGAUGCCUCGGUAUGAUGAUAGGUAUGGUGGUACACGCCUAUAUGUUGGACAUUUGUCUUCCAGAACACGAUCUCGAGACUUGGAGGACGUCUUUAGCAGAUAUGGGAGAGUACGUGAUGUGGAUAUGAAGCGUGACUAUGCUUUUGUGGAAUUUAGUGAUCCUCGAGAUGCCGAUGAUGCAAGAUACGGCCUAAAUGGGCGAGAUGUUGAUGGAAGCCGCGUUAUCGUGGAGUUCGCAAAAGGGGUGCCUCGUGGUCCAGGUGGAUCUCGAGAGUUUGGUGGAAGAGGUCCUCCUCCAGGUACAGGUCGUUGCUUUAAUUGUGGAAUUGAUGGACAUUGGGCUCGAGAUUGUAAAGCUGGGGACUGGAAGAACAAGUGUUACCGCUGUGGAGACCGAGGUCAUAUAGAAAGAAACUGUCAGAACAGCCCCAAGAAAUUGAAACGUGACCGAAGUUAUUCCCGCUCACCAUCUCCUCGGCGUGGCAGAAGCCGCAGUCGCAGUUACAGCAGAGGUCGUAGCUACAGCCGAUCCAGGUCUCCUGUGAAGAGGGACCGUAGCAUUGAGCGUGAAGAGAAGAGAUCAAGGAGUCCUCGCCAUCAUAGAUCAUCACCACCUCCAUCAAAGGGAAGGAAACACAGCCCUUCACCUGAUGAAAGAAGUCCACAAGAGAGAGGUACGCCAUCACCAAGGGACGAUAGAGCAACCAAUGGUUCUGACAACAGCAGGAGCCCUAAAGAUGAUGCUAGAAUGGAUGAACGCGGAGAUAUUAGCCCUGUUGAAGAAAAUGGACGCAGUCGCAGCAAUAGCCCCAUCCAUAGGGAGGACAGAAGCCCAGUGGAGGAUGGAAGCCCAACAGGUGACUAUGAAAAUCAUGGCUCACCAAGGGCUUCUCCUAGGGGCAGUGAGUCACCCUAAUAAAGUGCAUAUGAUAUGGUCAGCAUGGCAAGUGUAUGUUUGAUUCACCAGUAACUAUUUCCUUGCACUUUGAUUUUUAUAGUACUUUCUCCCUAUAUUUGGAAACCAUGUAAUUGAUUUUUUUUUAGAAUGACCUGAAUUCCAAACUGCCUUGCACAUGGUGUGUUCUAUCUUUGAGACUACAUUAUAAACUUGCUUGGUGUUAAGUGCU